AUGGAAUACACAGAUACACCAAUUCUUCAUGAAUAUUAUCCUGUAAUUGGAAUCUGGGUAGAUGAAUCAAUUUCAAACAAAUUACUAAAAUAUAAUAUCAAACUUAAUUCAAUCUUCCGAAGAAUAGGUUUAGCACAUGCAACAAAGCUUCCUGGAUGGAGAUAUCUUAAUCUCAAUAAAACUCACGAUGAUAAAUCCGAAAAAACAAUUCGAAAAUGCGUUGACAUUCUUAAAACCUACGGAGACAUAUUUAUUACACCAGAUUACAUGAUGAAAUUGAAAGCAUCUUGCUUAGAAUCAACUCCAAAACAUCUUCAAGAUUUUUUCAAAUUAAAAACUUUUAAUUACGAGUUUCUACCAUGGUACCAAGAUACAUUUAAAGUAUUAUCGAAGUCUCCCAGGAACAACGAGCUGGUUUUUUCGGAUAUUCCGCGUUAUAUAAUUGCAUUUAUCGAUAAAGCAACGAAUCCGAAGCAUCUAUUAAAGAAUGUUCCAAUUAGUUUUCAAAAUAGAUUACAGAAUAUAUUGGAAGAGAUCACAAUGCCAAUAAUUACAGAUUUUAAUGAAGAUAAAUCAGAAUUAACAUUUUCUGGAGAAAAAUUCCAUCAUGUUGUUGAUGUAAGCCAAAAUUCAGGGAAACUCAAUACAAUUUUAACAGAUUUAUUAUCAGAUAUAUUAAUCACUCGAAUUCCUGAAAAUUCAAAGAAAAUAGUACAAUUAGAACGCAAUGCAAAGCUCAUGCAAGCAAAAUCUUCAAACAAAUUCCUAGGUUUAUUCUCAAAUAAAUCAAAAAAUGAAGGAAUUAAUGAUCAUAUCUUUAGUUUGAUAUUAGCUUUAAUCAUUGUUCGUCAAUUCGAUGAAGCUCGGCAACUUUUACUUGAAUUACUUUCGAAAAAUGAUUAUUCGAAAUAUCGAGAAGCGAAAUUCUGUUACAUUCACUUACUUCUACUUCAGUUGGCUCCAAUUGAAGAUAUUUCAGUCCAUAUUAAAGAAAUAACAACAGAUGACAACGAUAUCAGAUUAUUUUCUUUGUAUCUCUUAAUUAUCCACACAUAUACCUCAAAAGAUCAUUUGAUACAAUCAGAGCAACAUCUUCUGCAGCUCCUCAAAGAUUUUCCAGCAAAUUCCUUAAUAUCCCGCGCAAUUAUCGCACUUUGCUACGAGAGAAUGGCCUCAAAAUCGCUAAUUGUCCAGAGAAAGCGCCACGCAGCCCGUUAUCUCCAAAUUGCGAGGUCUUAUUACAAUCGACCAAAUGGAGUUAAUCCGAUCAGCGGAAAUGCUUAUCGCUGCUCAGUCUUUCUUCAGCAUAUACUGACUACUCACGACGAUCCAUCCAAAAUCUUCCGCUGCGGAGUUUCAGAUUUAGAUGUUCUUAAGCACCAAUCCACAACAUCUACGGCUUGUUGGGAGAGAUUAAACGCACAAGCUCUUAAAACCAUAGCCAGAGACUUAGAUAAAUGUGGUCUUACCCAAAAUACGCCUUUAAUUUAUUUUUAUUUGCUUUGCCACAGCGGCAACGUUGUUUUUGCCGAGAAAGUCUUACGAGGAAUGUUCAAUUCGUACAACAACCUCAAAGACAAGUCCAUUGUUGAUAAUUUAAUUUUACCGUAUUUUAUUGUCCGAAAAGGAGCCAAAAUUGUCAAGUACGGAUCUCCCGAGUACUUCAAAUACCAAAGAGAACCAUUCCAGCCAAUGAUUGACCUCUGGGAGAAGAGUAACAGAGCAAUGGGAAACAUCGAAAAAAUUUGGAUAAAAUCCAAACAAGAAAAUCCAAUUGAAUUUGUUGUUUGCAACGAGCCAAUCAAGUUCCAGUUCGAGAUUGAUGUUGACAAGUGCAAUAUACCUAUCCACAUGAAGAAAACACAUGUCAUUGCUGAAGUUUCGGAAAACAAAAUCGAAAUUCAAAAGCAAAACAAAAAUUCUUUGGCAAAUAAGGUUCAAAACGAUAAAGAACCUGAAUUUACCAAAUCCGAAAUCACUAAAAAAGAAUUGAUUGUUUCAGAUGAAUUUAUCGAAAACGAUUUUUGUAAAAUGUUUACAAAAGUUAUCGAUAAAAACCGCCAAAUCAAAGAGCUUGAAAUUUUGCCAUUAAAAGAGAAGAAAUUCCAAGUUUCUAAGAUCCAAUUCCAGUUCUGGGAGACAGCACAAAUGUUCAUGGACUUUCCUUUGUUUAAUUUGCAGAGUUUAUCAAAACAACCAACAUUGUUUGUUAAAAUCAAUGAUGAAAAAGAUAUUUCUUUGAAUGACGGCGAAAUCAAAAAAUUUACGAUAUCUAUUUCUAACAUUGGUGAUUCUCCAAUCAAGAAGCUUUAUUUGAUGCAUGAUAAUCCAUAUUCUUUUUAUUUUUCUGACAACACGAUGACAAUUAACGGUUUUUCUGUUGUUCCAAUCAUAACUAAGAGCGAAAUCAAGGAAAAUGAAGAAAUUAUCCUGAAUUGCUUAGUGAAAGGUUCGACAAUGGGAUUUGUCUCUCAUUUCGUUUGGUUCUAUGAAGCAAAUGAACCUUUGGCGUGGAGACAUUUCGUUUCUCAAUUGAAUGUCUUGUCAAAUUCAAAGGAAAUCAUUGAUGUUUCUGUUUUCAAUGAUCCUAGGGAUGGCAGAAAGAAUUUGUUGUUUGUUCACAAGAACUCUGAUUACACUGUUCUUCGAGGAACAUUCAAUGGAAAAUGGUUCGAACAACUCAAUAUUCCAAGCACAAAUAAUAAUUCUGUUUAUUUGGAAGAAACAGAUAAAAGUGACAAAAUUGAAACAUGGAGAGAUACAUUCACUGAUAAAUCGAUUUAUGGCGGAUAUGUUUUGAUCUCUGCUCCGGAUAAAAAUGGAGAGAUGGUUGUAAAACAGUUUCCUAUUAAUGCAAAGAAAGAAAUCAUGAAAUUUGAUAUAAAUUGUGUUGAUUCUCUUUCUUUGGAAGAAAAUGAUGUCAUAGAAAUCGAUUUGAUCAUUAAGAACAUUUCUGAUAAAUCACUCACGAAUGUAAAUGUGAUUUGCGCAAAUGAAGAACAGAAUUUUGUGUUUAUUGGAAAGACUAUUGUUUAUGUUGAUGAAAUUGGAUCUCUUGAAGAAAAGAGAUUGACAUUUACGGCGUUCUUUACUGCGCCUGGUGUUGCAAAUAUUGCAACAUUCUUUAUCAAAGCAGAAGGUGUUGAAGCUAUUUCAAUUCCUUUCAAGAAAUAUAUAACUGUUUAUUAA